GCGGUUCCGAGGGCUACAGCCUCAUCGCGGUCUGGGACGGCGCGCCACAGGGUUGGAGGCGUUGUCGUGAUGACGUGGAGAUCUGGGCGCUGGGCACCAACCUGUACGUGAACUACUGCGUGGCGGCGCUGCUCGUGAGCCGGCUCAAGGGCGCUGCCAGGAGGGUCGGCCUCAGGAUCCCGAGGGAGCGUCUCCAGCCGCUCCAGGCGUCGCCAGCCGAGUACGAUGACGAUGAACAGAUAGUCCGCGAGGCGACGGAGGCCGACAACAUGAGAGGCAUCAGCAAUGUGCUCGAGGCGCUGGAGGCAGCGCUAGGCGGGCAAUUUUCAGCGCGGAGAGGCGAGACGAUGACCGACUUCUUCCAGGGCUCCCGGUACAACCAGAGGGCUGGCGAGCGCAUGGCGGAUUUCGUGGCGAGGUUCGAGGAAGGCGUCCAGAGGCUCGAGGACGACGGAGUGCGGUUUGCGGACCAGGACGACAUUGCGGGCUGGCGGUUCCUCGAGAAGUGCUGUCUCUCGCCCGAGCGGCGGGAGCGAGCGGUGCCGGCUCUCCCAGAUGACAAGUACUCGUACAGAGACCUGAAGACGAUCGUGGUCAGAAUCCUCCCGGACCUACACAUGACGGAGAGCAGACGGACGCCGCAUCCUGCACGGUUCCAGCAGCGAGGCCAGAACCAGCGGUUCGGGCAGCGGCGGCCAGGUCCUGCUGGCUCUGGCACGUCCACGCGCGGCGCGAAUGCGACUGAGCUCGAGGACCGCGCGGAGGACCCCGGGGACGAGCAGCCGCAGGACGACGACUGCGGCGACGGCCCCGAGGAGCACGAGGACGAGGUCAACGAGGUCGAGGUCUCGGAGAUCCAGGGGUUCGCGCGCCAGGAGCCGGAGGCGCUCGCGACGGAGCUCGAGGAUAGCCCGCUGGACCUUCCGCCCGAGGACUCUGCAGCGUUGGAGGAGGCGGCGUUCCAGGUGUCGCAGUUCACCGAGGCGCUGGAGGUGGGCGGCGGGUUCCGGCCCGCCAAGGGCAACGAGCUCGCAGAGAAGCUGGGGCAGAGGAAGCUCAAGUCGACCUGCAAGGCGUGCGCACAGCCAGGGCACUGGGCAGGCGAUCCAGAGCGCAAGGCCCCGCGCGCCACGAUGGCCACGGCAGCAGGCGACGACUCUGACUCGGUCCACAACGCGCUGUCCGUCGAGCAGGUGAAGGCCGAAAAGGCCGAGGCGAAGGAGGUGUUGGGGAAUGAGCUGAUCAAGACGGUGAGGGACCACCCCCGAGGGGUGGUGGACACGGCGUGCGUCAUAUCGGUGAUGGGCGAUGUCUGGUGGGAGGCCUACACGGAGGUGGUGGCGGAGCUGGGUAUCAGCUACCUCGUCGAGCGCGAGGAGAUCGCCGGGAAGUUCAGGUUCGGUGACGGCGGCGCGCUGAUGUCCUACGAGGCGUUCCGCUUCCCGGCGGCGGUCGCGGGCGUGCCUGUUACGGUGCGCUCCUGCCUGGUGAAGAGCGACGCGCUGGGCCUGCUGUUGGGGCGUGACUUCCCGGGGGCGACUGGCGCGGGCAUCGACGUGGCGAGGCGCGCAUUCACGGUGGGCCCUGGGUCGCGGCCGCUCCUGGAAUCGGAGAAUCGCCACUUCGCGCUGGAGCUCAAGCCCGAGAAGUAUCGCGCCCCGUCGAAGGCCUAUGCGGGCAGGGCGUUCGCCAUCGCCGCGACCGCGUGCUGUUUGGAGGCCAAGGUCAGCAAUGCGAUCGGCGACAAGCCAGAAAGGUCAGGGUUGCAGUGCUCGAGGUGCUGCCGCGGCGUGAGUGGUCACAAGACGGGGGUAGGCAGCGGCGCGGAGAUCGCAGUGCAGCACCAAUCAUGGGGGAGACUCCGCAAGGGCACCAUCGCGCAGAAGAAGGCUGGCGAUCUACUCGAGCAGGCAGCGCGGCCCCGAGCUGGGCGCGCCGACGUUCUCUGGGGCAGUCUGCCCUGCAGCCCCCGGGCGGCGCUGUUGAAUUUCACGGAGAACAACGCCCAGUUGGCAGUCGACCGCGCGGAGAGCAGACACAUGAUCAGGCCAUUAACCGCGGAGGCUCAACGCGCGCUGGAGGCUGGCGCGAUCGCUGCGUUCGAGUGGCCAGUCAACUGCCGCGGCUGGAAGCAGCCCGAGGUCCAGGAGCUCAAGAGGAUCUUGCCGUGCGAGCGCCUGUUCGAUGGAUGCGCCUACGGCCUCAUGGGCGACAGGACUGGCAAGACCAUCGAGAAGGUCUGGAAGGUGAUCACCAACCAUCAGCCGUUGCAGAAGUUCUUGAACCGCAGGUGCUCCCAGGACCAGGGGCAACUCCAAGGGCGUGAGCUCGACCAGGGGACGUCCAAGAAGACAGGGCUCGAGACCAAGAAGCUGUGCGGGGCCGCGAUCAAGGGCUUCAUGAGGGGCAUCGCCGAGCUCAACGACGACGAGAACGGGGGCACGGAGAAGGAGCCUCAGGGCAUGCUGGCUAGCCUGGAGCCUGAGCAGCGCCUUGCUCUCGCGAGGGCUGCGGCUAAGAUGCGCACCAACCUGAGACAUCCAGGACAUCUGGCACUCGCGCGUGCCAUUCGACUUGCAGGCGGCUCGAAGUAUGCGAUAGCAGCAGCGUUCGCACACCAUUGCCCCACAUGCAUCAAGCUAGCGGCCCCGCCGUCGGCAGCGGCAUCAUCAUUACGAGAUCUAUGGAGGGACUUCGGCGACUGCCUGGCAAUCGAUACCUUCGAACUGGCCGACGCCCAGGGCACCAACAUGGCGUUCCUCAGCCAGAUCGACAUGGCCUCCAGGUACCAGGCCAUGCUCGACUCCUGGCUGCUCGCGCCAGGCGUUCCGAACGUCGCGCUGGCGGACAUGGGAGGCGAGUUCGAGCGCGAAGUCAAGAAGGAACUGGAGACCAUGGGCCCGAGGAUAGUCUCGAGCGCACCCUACAGCCCGACGCAGAACGCCAUCUGCGAGAGGCAUGGCCCGACCUGGAAUGCGCACGCUCGCGCCCUGAUCCUG